CGCAACGUGGCUUUCAUUCGCUCGUGGGCGAUGAAUUUCGGACCCCAACCUCCUGUGGCGCCUCGAAUCGACCUCGACGUGAAGGCAGGCAAGGCCCUGAUCGAAUUUGCCACCGCAGAAACGGCAAGGCUGGCUUGGGAGAGCGAUCGUUUGACUGGAGAAGGAAAGGAGCACGUUAGAGCGUACUGGUAUCGUGUGCCUGGUAUAGGGGCUGAUGCAGGCGUAGGCGAACUGGAGGAGGGCGAGAUUGAAGACGGCGAGCUUGCGAAGCACUUUGGACAGAAUAACAAGACAAAGACGAAGGAGUCGAGGAAGAAAGCGACGGAACUGGCCCCGUUGGUAACUUACUCGGCUGCGCCAGUCGUUCAGCCGCUGUCAUCAAACGGCCACCGAACCUCACACCCGCCAGUCACGCCUUCGAGCUCUACCUUCUCUCCCGUACAGUCGUCGUUCGUCACACGACAUCCGACACUUCCGUCCGCUCCGCCUUCUCUUCCACCGAAGCCUGUAAGCCCCGCACAACAUCCUCCAAUGAAGCUUGUUGGGCUCCCACCACCACCUCCGCACGCGCCUCAAGCGGAUCCUCCAAAGCCUCUUCUCUCUCGUAUCCAGCCAACUUUAUCUAACCCUCAGGAAGGUGCGCAAACUGUGCCUACUCCGGUUCAGUCUGCGGUAUCGUCCCUCAACGCCACUGCACCAGUGUUCGUCCCGAAAGCUCAGCCGCUUUCGUCCGCGUCGGUAUCCAACGAAGCUGCUCCGCCACGGUCUCUCGACGUGCCAAGUGUCGACAAGAUCACGGAUACAUCGCGAUCGCGACUGGAAAGCGAUGUCUCGGAGACGACUUUGGCCCAGACGGCAUCCGAUCAUGUUCGUGUUGUUCCCAAGGCUGUCCGGGAAGUCGUCGCUGGAACUAUUUUUGAAAGCGAUCAGCUGUCACAGGAGGCCGAUAUUGGUCCUAUCGUCUCCUCUCGAGAUGUUUCCACGCCGCCAGCCGUCUCCUCUCCUGGUGGUUCAAGUUCUUCAGAAGCGCCCGCAAUUUCUUCGCAACCUGAAGCGCCUUCCGCGGCUGGCCGUUCACUCCUUCCCGCGAAACUUAAGCCAGACACUAAAUCGCAGAUGCAGAGUGUUCUUGCUGUUUCGGCGAAUCAGGAAGUCACUAUCCCGGUUGCUGUUCCUUCUGCCAAGCCUAGCGCGUCUAGCCAGCCGCGAGAUCCUCGGUCCGCUCUUUCUACAUCGACACCUCCGCCUUCUGAGCCCCGAGCAACAAGAAACGCCCCGAAGGUACCCAGCUCUGCGAAACGCAAGGAAGUUGAAGAGAUGUUGUCAAGACAUCGCGAAGAGCUAGCCUCCCGUAGGUCAGCCUCGAGCAGCGGGAGCACAACGCCCGUGUCUGAGAUUGAAGCCAUGAUUGUGGGCAAGUCAUUGAGCUCGACAGCAGAGACCACACCGUCGCCCACGCUUCCGGCAGCGGUCGAUGCCGCCGCGGCGAUAAAGGAAGAUGAUCUGCGGCGUCUGGUCCUCAACAGCCGAAAGUCACGCGUCGUAUCCGCAGCCCCCAAUACACCGCCUGUUGAAUCGUCUCCCUCCUUCGUUGCAUCCGUCACCGUCAACGAACUAAAGGCGGCGCAGGACAAACUCAGCCUUGACGAGCUCGCCGUGUCCUUCAUCGCGCAGUCCAUCCAGGCCGUCAGCAUGCCCUCGCCGGCGCUCGGCUCACCCGACAGGUCCGCGCCGGCGGUGGCACCCAUCUUCUCGGAGAAGGCGCUGCUCUCCGCGAAGCAGCAGGUCCUCGAGGGCAACAUCGCGGACCAGAAGGCGCUCAUGAACCGGUACCUCGCCGCGCGCACGAAGGCGGAGCGGGACAGGCUCAAGCAGGCGAUGGCCCAGCGCUCACGGUACGUGCUUCACCCGGUUGCGUUUCGCAGGUGUUGUUGUACCCCCCCAGAGGCGGCUCAAGAGCUUCUCGUGUGCAGGGCUAUGGAACAGGAGCUCGGCACCCUCCAGGCGCGCGCGGACGCUGGCAAGGAGGCCGCGCGCGCGCUCAAGUUCAGGUGGCCCGAGACGAACAAGCACGCGUGCAUCCUGGUCAUUAGCGAUGAUGAAGGCGAGGAUAGCGACGAUUGAUUGGUGUCGGCUCAAUCAAGGUGGGUCAUGCUAGCAAUAAGCGACGUCUUUUCUUUACAGUCUAUGUGUUUGUGUGCAAAAAAACAAUCGUCUUUAAUCGGACUAGUCUUUGAUGGCCCAAUUUCGGAGGCUGCUGCAUGUUUUGAUCACCCAUCUUCCUUAUACGCCCCUUUCCCCUUCUUGCUUCGGACUCCUAUUAAAAGGACAUGUAUCGCUGUGGGCGCGCUGCUGUCUACCUGUAGUCCAUAUUUCGUAUGGACUGUCACGGUAGGCAGAGACGUUGCUUGCAUACUUUGCAUGGCAGUGUUAAUUG